AUGGACGAUAAAAUCAUCCUGAACGACUUUUCGCUGACAACCCUAAAAGAUUGGCUACGUAUUCUGGGCCAAAAUACGGAGGGCACAAAAACCGAAUUAAUCGCGAGGCUGCAAGACAUCCCAACGGCAGUUCGGGGCGAUUGUCCACCGGAGCACCCCCAGAAAAACGCUCCACCAGGAAACGACAUUUUUUCUUCACUGGAUUUUCAGAAUUGUGAAAUUAACACCGAUCACGUAAGUGUGAAUGCAAUGAACAGAAAAGAAUCAACCGAAACUGGCAGUGAGAGGGAGACAAACAUGUUCGAGCUACAGCAACUACGCGCAGAGCUAGCAGAAGCGAAGGCAAUGCUUAACGGAACACGAUCGAGCUCGCAGUUCCAAGAACAACAACAACCAGAGCAAAGCAAGGCUACAGUUAGUUCCGUUAUCCAGACGGCGCAGUUUACGCAGGCUGGCGCCACAAAAGAGAACACAACAUUUCACUCGCCGCAGCGAUCCAACGAGAGAGCGGAGAGCCAGCGUUUUCCAGUUGAUGCUCUCGCUCUCGCCAAAGAGACGAUAACCGAUUACGAUGGGAAAACUUGCGCGCGUGCCUGGAUAACAGUGGUCAAAAAUAUCGCACGCACUUUCAACAUCGAUGACAACCAUUUACGCAUCUUACUCAUCACUAAACUUAAAGGAAACGCGCAAGUCUGGUUACAUGCGCACCCUGCUCGAUUGAUCGAACCAAUUGACAAUUUGCUUGAUCAACUGUCAUUGACUUUUGGCGAGCAAUCAUCCAAGGCUGAGAUCCGGCGAAAAUUCGAGAGUCGCAAGUGGAAAACCGAGGAGAAUUUCUGCAGUUAUUACGACGAGAAGAUGGCUCUCUCAAACGGGAUAAACAUCGACGACGACGAACUACUGGACCAGAUGAUAGAGGGCAUACCGCUGCAAAAUUUCCGUACCCAAGCACGGAUUCAAUGCUUCUCUACUCCGUCGGAGAUGCUACGCGCAUUUUCGAACAUCCGUUUGCCAGCUCGGAGGGAGCCACCUGUACAGCCAACCGACUACAAAGAUGCCAUACGAUGCGCAAACUGUAAUUCAAGAGGACACAAAGCUGACAUCUGCAAGAAGCCCAAACGUGAACCAGAUAAGACAACAGUUGAACCUACGACCAAGAAAACAACUAAAAGGACGACACAUGAACCCACAACUAAGGGACCAACCACUUUAGGGACUACUGCAGAACCAAUCACUCGUAAAACAUCUACUACAAAGACUAGUACAGAGCCAACUACGGAGGAAACAACUGAAAAGACAACUCAUGAGCCAACCACUGAGAAAACAACGACAGAUAAGACAACAGUUGAACCAACGACCAAGAAGACAACAACUAAAAGGACGACCCAUGAACCAACAACUAAGGGAUCAACCACUUUAAGGACUACUGCAGAGCCAACCACUAGUAAAUCAUCUACCACAAAGCCUACUACGACUAAGGAGGUAACAACUGAAAAGACAACUCAUGAGCCAACCACUCGGAAGACAACAACCCAUAAGACAACAGUAAAGCCAACGACCAAGAAGACCACAACCAAAAAAACGACGCAUGAACCCACUACCAAGAAAUCAACAACUUUAAGGACUACUGCAGAACCAAUCACUCGUAAAACAUCUACUACAAAGACUAGUACAGAGCCAACUACGAAGGAAACAACUGAAAAGACAACUCAUGAGCCAACCACUGAGAAAACAACGACAGAUAAGACAACAGUUGAACCAACGACCAAGAAGACAACAACUAAAAGGACGACCCAUGAACCAACAACUAAGGGAUCAACCACUUUAAGGACUACUGCAGAGCCAACCACUAGUAAAUCAUCUACCACAAAGCCUACUACGACUAAGAAGGUAACAACUGAAAAGACAACUCAUGAGCCAACCACUCGGAAGACAACAACCCAUAAGACAACAGUAAAGCCAACGACCAAGAAGACCACAACCAAAAAAACGACGCAUGAACCCACUACCAAGAAAUCAACAACUUUAAGGACUACUGCAGAACCAAUCACUCGUAAAGCAUCUACUACAAAGACUAGUACAGAGCCAACUACGGAGGAAACAACUGAAAAGACAACUCAUGAGCCAACCACUGAGAAAACAACGACCCAUAAGACAACAGUUGAACCAACGACCAAGAAGACAGCAACUAAAAGGACGACACAUGAACCCACAACGAAGGGAUCAACAACUUUAAGGACUACUGCAGAACCAAUCACUCGUAAAACAUAUACUACAAAGACUAGUACAGAGCCAACUACAGAGGGAACAACUGAAAAGACAACUCAUGAGCCAACCACUGAGAAAACAACGACCCAUAAGACAACAGUUAAACCUACGACCAAGAAGACAACAACUAAAAGGACGACACAUGAACCCACAACUAAGGGAUCAACCACUUUAAGGACUACUGCAGAACCAAUCACUCGUAAAACAUCUACUACAAAGACUAGUACAGAGCCAACAACUACAGAGGAAACAACUGAACAGACAAAUCAUGAGCCAACCACUGAGAAAACAACGACCCAUAAGACAACAGUUGAACCAACGACCAAGAAGACAACAACUAAAAGGACGACAUAUGAACCCACAACUAAGGGAUCAACCACUUUAAGGACUACUGCAGAGCCAACCACUCGUAAAACUGCAGAACCAAUCACUCGUAAAACAUCUACUACAAAGACUAGUACAGAGCCAACAACUACAGAGGAAACAACUGAACAGACAAUUCAUGAGCCAACCACUGAGAAAACAACGACCCAUAAGACAACAAAGACAACAACUAAAAGGACGACACAUGAACCCACAACUAAGGGAUCAACCACUUUAAGGACUACUGCAGAACCAACCACUCGUAAAACAUCUACUACAAAGACUAGUACAGAGCCAACAACUACAGAGGAAACAACUGAACAGACAACUCAUGCGCCAAACACUGAGAAAACAACGUCCCAUAAGACAACAGUUGAACCAACGACCAAGAAGACAACAACUAAAAGGACGACCCAUGAACCAACAACUAAGGGAUCAACCACUUUAAGAACUACUGCAGAGCCAACGACCAAGAAGACCACAACCAAAAAAACGACGCAUGAACCUACGACUAAGAAGGUAACAACUGAAAAGACAACUUAUGAGCCAACCACUCGGAAGACAACAACCCAUAAGACAACAGUAACGCCAACGACCAAGAAGACUACAACCAAAAGAACGACGCAUGAACCCACUACCAAGAAAUCAACAACUUUAAGGACUACUGUGGAACCAACCACUCGUAAAACAUCUACCACAAAGCCUACUACGACUAAGAAGGCAACAACUGAAAAGACAACUUAUGAGCCAACCACUCGGAAGACAACAACCCAUAAGACAACAGUAAAGCCAACGACUAAGAAGACUACAACCAAAAGAACGACGCAUGAACCCACUACCAAGAAAUCAACAACUUUAAGGACUACUGUGGAACCAACCACUCGUAAAACAUCUACCACAAAGCCUACUACGACUAAGAAGGUAACAACUGAAAAGACAACUCAUGAGCCAACCACUCGGAAGACAACAACCCAUAAGACAACAGUAACGCCAACGACCAAGAAGACUACAACCAAAAGAACGACGCAUGAACCCACUACCAAGAAAUCAACAACUUUAAGGACUACUGUGGAACCAACCGCUCGUAAAACAUCUACCACAAAGCCUACUACGACUAAGAAGGCAACAACUGAAAAGACAACUUAUGAGCCAACCACUCGGAAGACAACAACCCAUAAGACAACAGUAAAGCCAACGACCAAGAAGACUACAACCAAAAGAACGACGCACGAACCCUCUACCAAGAAAUCAACAACUUUUAGGACUACUGUGGAACCAACCACUCGUAAAACAUCUACCACAAAGCCUACUACGACUAAGAAGGUAACAACUGAAAAGACAACUCAUGAGCCAACCACUCGGAAGACAACAACCCAUAAGACAACAGUAAAGCCAACGACCAAGAAGAGCACAACCAAAAAAACGACGCAUGAACCCACUACCAAGAAAUCAACCACUUUAAGGACUACUGUGGAACCAACCACUCGUAAAUCAUUUACCACAAAGCCUACUACGACUAAGAAGGCAACAACUAAAAAGACAACUCAUGAGCCAACCACUCGGAAGACAACAACCCAUAAGACAACAGUAAAGCCAACGACCAAGAAGACUACAACCAAAAGAACGACGCAUGAACCCACUACCAAGAAAUCAACCACUUUAAGGACUACUGUGGAACCAACCACUCGUAAAACAUCUAGCACAAAGCCAACUUCGACUAAGAAGGCAACAACUAAAAGGACAACUCGUGAGGCAACCACUCUGAAGACAACAACCCAUAAGACAACAGUAAAGCCAACGACCAAGAAGACUAAAACCAAAAGAACGACGCAUGAACCCACUACCCUAAAAUCAACAACUUUAAGGACCACUGCAGAACCAACCACUCGUAAAGCAUCUACCACAAAGCCUACUACGACUAAGAAGGCAACAACUAAAAGGACAACUCAUGAGCCAACAACUCGGAAGACAACAACCCAUAAGACAACAGUAAAGCCAACGACUAAAAAGACUACAACCAAAAGAACGACGCAUGAACCCACUACCAAGAAAUCAACAACUUUAAGGACUACUGUGGAACCAACAACUCGUAAAACAUCUACCACAAAGCCUACUACGACUAAGAAGGCAACCACUGAAAAGACAACUCAUGAGCCAACCACUCGGAAGACAACAACCCAUAAGACAACAAUAAAGCCAACGACCAAGAAGACUACAACCAAAAGAACGACGCAUGAACCCACUACCAAGAAAUCAACAACUUUAAGGACCACUGCAGAACCAACCACUCGUAAAUCAUCUACCACAAAGCCUACUACGACUAAGAAGGCAACCACUGAAAAGACAACUCAUGAGCCAACAACUCGAAAGACAACAACCCAUAAGACAACAGUAAAGCCAACGACUAAGAAGACUACAACCAAAAGAACGACGCAUGAACCCACUACCAAGAAAUCAACAACUUUAAGGACUACUGUGGAACCAACAACUCGUAAAACAUCUUCCACAAAGCCUACUACGACUAAGAAGGCAACCACUGAAAAGACAACUCAUGAGCCAACCACUCGGAAGACAACAACCCAUAAGACAACAGUAAGGCCAACGACCAAGAAGACUACAACCAAAAGAACGACGCAUAAACCCACUACCAAGAAAUCAACAACUUUAAGGACUACUGCAGAACCAACCACUCGAAAAACAUCUACCACAAAGCCUACUACGACUAAGAAGGCAACAACUAAAAGGACAACUCGUGAGCCAACCACUCGGAAUACAACAACCCAUAAGACAACAGUAAAGCCAACGACCAAGAAGACUACAACCAAAAGAACGACGCAUGAACCCACUACCAAGAAAUCAACAACUUUAAGGACCACUGCAGAACCAACCACUCGUAAAUCAUCUACCACAAAGCCUACUACGACUAAGAAGGCAACCACUGAAAAGACAACUCAUGAGCCAACCACUCGGAAGACAACAACCCAUAAGACAACAGUAAAGCCAACGACCAAGAAGACUACAACCAAAAGAACGACGCAGGAACCCACUACCAAGAAAUCAACAACUUUAAGGACCACUGCAGAACCAACCACUCGUAAAUCAUCUACCACAAAGCCUACUACGACUAAGAAGGCAACCACUGAAAAGACAACUCAUGAGCCAACCACACGGAAGACAACAACCCAUAAGACAACAGUAAAGCCAACGACCAAGAAGACUACAACCAAAAGAACGACGCAUGAACCCACUACCAAGAAAUCAACAACUUUAAGGACCACUGCAGAACCAACCACUCGUAAAACAUCUACCACAAAGACCACUGCAGAACCAACCACUCGUAAAUCAUCUACCACAAAGCCUACUACGACUAAGAAGGCAACCACUGAAAAGACAACUCAUGAGCCAACCACUCGGAAGACAACAACCCAUAAGACAACAGUAAAGCCAACGACCAAGAAGACUACAACCAAAAGAACGACGCAUGAACCCACUACCAAGAAAUCAACAACUUUAAGGACCACUGCAGAACCAACCACUCGUAAAUCAUCUACCACAAAGCCUACUACGACUAAGAAGGCAACCACUGAAAAGACAACUCAAGAGCCAACCACUCGGAAGACAACAACCCAUAAGACAACAGUAAAGCCAACGACCAAGAAGACUACAACCAAAAGAACGACGCAUGAACCCACUACCAAGAAAUCAACAACUUUAAGGACCACUGCAGAACCAACCACUCGUAAAACAUCUACCACAAAGCCUACUACGACUAAGAAGGCAACCACUGAAAAGACAACUCAUGAGCCAACCACUCGGAAGACAACAACCCAUAAGACAACAGUAAGGCCAACGACCAAGAAGACUACAACCAAAAGAACGACGCAUAAACCCACUACCAAGAAAUCAACAACUUUAAGGACUACUGCAGAACCAACCACUCGAAAAACAUCUACCACAAAGCCUACUACGACUAAGAAGGCAACAACUAAAAGGACAACUCGUGAGCCAACCACUCGGAAUACAACAACCCAUAAGACAACAGUAAAGCCAACGACCAAGAAGACUACAACCAAAAGAACGACGCAUGAACCCACUACCAAGAAAUCAACAACUUUAAGGACCACUGCAGAACCAACCACUCGUAAAACAUCUACCACAAAGCCUACUACGACUAAGAAGGCAACCACUGAAAAGACAACUCAUGAGCCAACCACUCGGAAGACAACAACCCAUAGAACAACAACUCAAGAACCAACAUCCGUAGAAACUACAAGCAAUUCUUCAAAUCAGCGCAAAACUACCACGGAAUCUUCCACCACCGAAGAGCAGAAUAUUCACCACAAUCAUCACCACAUUCAUUAUCACAAGCCCGCUGAUACAGGUCCAUCCUUUAUUCCACUUCCUAAUCUUCCGCCGCUGCCGUUGCCCCUGCCCUGGCCACCACUUCCCGACUUCCCGCUGCCUGCACUCCCACCACUGCCAGAAGUAAACUUAACAGAAAUUUCCUUACCCGAAAUUUCCCUUCCCAAUUUGCCACCACUACCACAAUUGCCGAAUCCUUUUGGUGGACUUCCAAACUUCUUUGGGCGAUAGUUAACCACUAAAAAUGAGGCGGCCUUCAAUAUGUAAAAAUAUACAAAAUUAUUAUUAAUGGCUAUGGAAAUGUGAAAGUAAAUUAACCAGACGGAAUACUGA